AUGCUGUCUCUCUUCCUCAUUCUUAUAAUAUCUCUAAGCGGAUCUCAAAAUAAGUUCCUUUCUUUCUUCAUUCAUUUUAGUACUAUGAAUGGGCAAAUAGUCAUUGGAAGACUUGAGGAAGAUGUAAUUCUCCCUUAAUCAUUUGAGGCGGGUGAAAAAGUCGUAAUUCACUGGAGGAAUCAGGGUGAUGUUUAUACGUACUACAAAGACAGUGACCAUUUGGGAAAGCAAGAUCCCAGAUACACAGCCAGGACCCUCUUCCUCAGUGAAAUCCACAGUGAAAGUGCUUCCCUACCUUUCAGAAGAUUAAGCCAUUUGGAUGAAGGAAUUUAAUUGUGCUAUGUGGAAACAACAGCUAGAAAAAUCACAAAAUGCUUAUCUUUCCAUUGCAUGGAUAUUAAAAUAAUAAAUGUUCUGCAAAGAUGGCCUAACAAGAAGCUAAUGAUGACAGUUUCCAAAAGCCCUUCUUACUCCCCCUUCACUUUUGUCACACUGGCGAUAAAGUAUGAAAAGAGGAACACAAACAGCUCCGUAAUAUGUGGCGUGUUUGUUUAUUCUUGUCCAGUUCGUACAUGGCAAGUGGACAAUACACCUAUCCCUGAAGGCAAGAUGGAAGGAAUUGGGUCUUUUGAUCCUUUUUAUAAUAAGGGUAGAGUAAAUAUCAUAGGAUCAAAUUUAUUGUGUGCAUGUACUAUUGAAAAUCCAUUGCUGAAGCAAACAUGGACAGGGAGAUGGACAAUGAAAAGUGGGCUUCAUGGGGCUUUCUGUGUAUAUGUGCUAUAUCCAAGGGUUGGGGGAAUGGGGAAUGAUUUACAGGACUGA